AUGGAAGAAGCCAAAGCUCUCUUCUUCUUCUUCUUUUUCUUCAUCGUCGCCGCAUCUUCUCUUCCGGCGAACUUCGCCGGCAACGGCAGCGACGCAAGCGACGCGUUAGCCAAAGAUGCCGAUUUUAUAGACGAGCUUCCAAACCAGCCUGAAAGCAUAGAUUUUCGUCAGUAUUCGGGCUAUCUUCUCGCCGAACCAGUCAGCAAUCGACGCUUCUUCUACUAUUUUGUUGAAGCUGAAGAUAUUCGACCGUUAUCCAAGCCCCUCAUAAUCUACAUUGGCGCCCCAUCUGUUAACGAUCUGGCCUCGGCCUUGCUAUCGUGCUUCCAGCAAGUAGGGCCAUACACUGUUGGCGAUGACGGCCAGACUCUGAUCCCCAACCCAUUUUCAUGGAAUAAAUUUGCCAAUAUUCUCUUCAUUGAGGGACCAGUAGGGGUUGGGUUCUCGCUCUCCGACAAUGAUCAGGACAUAUAUGAAACCCAGGAGUUCUGGAUCAUCGCCGAUAUGUACCAUUUCAUUGUGCGGUGGAUGAAGAGGUUUCCCGAGCACAAGAACAACGAUGUCUACAUCGCCGGCCAGUCAUACAUCGGCGCGCUCGGCCCCGGCCUCGCCACCUACAUCCUCUACAUGAACACCAGACCCGACAGCACGCCCAUUAGCAUCAGAGGCAUUCUAAUGGGAAACCCUAAAAUGGAUUCGGACUUGGAGUUCAUAACGAGAUUUGAGGCCAAGUUCAGGAUGAACAUAAUAUCGGAGGAAAUACUUAGGGAUCAUAGAAAGCUUUGCCAUGUAAAAAAUACCGAAGAUGUCUUGAUUUGCUGGAAACCUAUUGGAGAAUAUCAAAGGCUUGCCUUGGCUCUCGACGGCUACAAUGUCUACUCCAAAUUCUGCCCUAAUAUUGACAUAAAGUCUGUUGGAUUGGAUAAUUUCAAGGUCCUCUUUCUUCUACCCUAA